GCAAGCUCUGUGCUGGCUUCGGGUCGCAAAGCCAUUCCAUCCAAGAAAGGAGGCCUUGGAUUUAUUAUCGAUUGACUGCACCAACGUCUGCCUUUUGGCUGCCCAUUCCAUCCCAUCCAAGGCCCGCUGCUUCACAAUUUGGUCUCCAUUCUCGCUGCCACUGGUUGGUCUUGGUUUCGUCCUGGUUUCCGUCUUCGCCUGCGUCCCCCUGCUCCUGAUUAUUUCCCACCCAGCCUAGCCGCACCACCUCCUCCUAUCAGGUCAGCCCCCAAACGACCCAAACGACCCAAACGACGCCACUCCUCCUCACCGGGCCGCCCUUAUCCCCUGAAGAGGGCCACUUUCGAACAGCGCCCGGGGUUCUUCCCCAUCACCUCACCGCGAGAUGAAGGCCUAGUACACCGCAAACCUACUCAGCAUGACGCAGCCCGCCACCCCUGCCGGAUCCUCGGCAUCGACCCCGGCAGCCCAGUCCCUCUUCGGAGGCGGUGCCGGCAGCAGCAACGCCGGAACCCCGCAGCCACCGCCCGCCGGCUUCGCAUCCUCCACCCCAUCGUCGUCGGCCUCGCUCGGUAAUAACCAGUCCGCCGGCUCCGCGCCGUCGUCGGCCUCGUCCAAUAACACCUUCGUCAUGACGAACUCGCCUCUCAAGAACAGGGGCCUUCCUGACGGGUACCGGCCCAAGGUUACGCGCACCCUCGGAAACAGGCCCGCCUGCCUCGUCAACGCCUCGGUCACCUACUGCGGGAACAACCAGAUCUAUGCUUUCGGCGGAUUCGAUCAGUACACGGACGAGGUCUACAACCAUGUCCUGCGCCUGGACCUUGCCAGCCUACAGUGGUCGCUGGUCGACAACUACGGCGACAUACCCGGUGUGCGGAUGGGACACACUGCCACCCUCUACAAAGGCGACCGGUUGCUUGUCUUUGGUGGCGAGAACGAGCACCGCACCUACCUCUCGGACCUGAUAGUAUUCGAUCUGAAGACGGCGCACUGGACUCAACCUCAAUGCACCGGCCCCAUUCCCAAGGGCCGGGCGCGCCACGCCGCCAUCCUCCACGAGGACAAGCUGUUCAUCGUCGGAGGCAUAACGGGCCACGAUAACUAUGUUCUUGAUGAUAUAUGCUUUCUUGACCUCAGGACGUUUACCUGGUCGAGGUCGUGGCGUUUUGUGUCGCGAUUCGACCACAGCGCAUACAUUUGGGGAGAUCGAGUGUGGGUGUUUGGCGGACUCAGCGAGGAGAUGAACAGAGUCAGCGACCUCUGGUGGCUUGACCUGAAGGGCAACCCAGCUUUCGAGACGCCCCCACAGGUUGGCACCUUCGACCGGUCAUCCAUGACCGGCCGCGUCAGUCACUCGUCGCGGCCAUCUGCGUACUCCUCCAUGGCGCAGUCCCCAGUCGUUGGGACGUCUGGAUAUGCGGCCAACUCGAGGACGGCGCAGGUCAACCCACCGUCCUUCCAGAUCAAGUCCUACGCCCCCACAGCACCUGGUACCAUCUCGUCGCUCAAGUUCCUGUCCGGGCCGAAUGUGCCCGAGCAGGGCACUGGAUACCACUUCCACGUCUACUCAUCCGGCACGCUCCUCGACUUUGUGACGCCGGCGGCCACUAUCGCGUCCAAGGACUGUUCACUGUCGGCCCUGGACUUGCACUCGCUUAGGUGGCAGAAGCUGGCAGAGGGCAGAGAGAUCUUCAAGGCUGGCUACCGGUGGCACUAUUGCACGCUCAACGAGGACGGCACAAAGGCGUGGCUGCUCGGUUGCCCGACGGACCAGGGCUCCCUCGACCUAGGAAACAACGGGCUCGAGGAGUACCUCAGUGACAUCAUGGAGAUCGACCUGCGGCGGUAUGGGUUUUUGGGUAACACUCUGACCCCUGAGCCACGGAGCACCGAGAUGAGCCGGCCAUCGUCCAGGAUUCGCAUAGUGGAGCAGCCCUCUAGGGGUCUGGGCGCGGACCUGGCCACGCUCUUCAACAUGCCGCCCGAGGCUGGCAGUGGGACGGACUUUAUGGUGACGGCGCUCUCGGCCGACUGCGACGACGACGACGUGUUGGGCUCUGCGCUCGUGCGGCCCGGCGACCGUUCCAUGGCGGGGGGCGAGGACACUUGGCUGUCGCCCGACGCGUCGACGUCGCCGCCGAUCCAUGUACAUCGGCUCAUACUGCAGGCGCGCUGGCCACAUUUCCGGAGGCUCUGGGCGUCCCAAAUGGCCGAGUUCCACACGCGCAAGAUGCACAUCCCUGAGCCCUACAGCGUGGUCCGGGCUUUUCUGUACUACCUUUACACAGACAGGAUCGACCCGAGUCCCGACGAUGAAGGGGCGGGCGACGGAGGCGGGGCCACGACGGAUCUGUCAGACAUUGCGGGCCUGCUGGUCAUGUCCAACAUCUACGGGAUCCCGCACCUGCGGCUCCUGUGUGUGAACCGGCUAGCCAAGGAGCUCGACGUGGACCACGCCUGCAUUAUCUGGUACCGGGCGGGGCUGGCGGAUGAGGAGUGGCUGCGCAAGCGGGCGGCGACCUACUGCAUGACGCACUGGGGUCGCAUAGUGCGCACGUCGGGCUUCCUUCGCCUCCCGCGCAGCGCACUGGUUGAGCUGUCGCAAGAGAUCGACAUGGAGGGCCGCGUCAUCGGCGGCGAGGAGCUCGACAUGUUUGUCGGCUCGGCCGCACUCGCCGCCGAGGGGCCCGGUGCCCUCACGCGGCGCAAGGAGAGCAUGAGCAGCCAGCCAUCCCAGAUGCUCGAGUCCGAGGCCGAUGACGACGAUGGCAUGGAGCUGAACUAGGGCGUCAUGUGGGACUUGUAUUCUUUUGUUGCUAUGUGGGUCUGUUUUUCUGGAUGGGGGAUGCGCUGCUUUUUGUUGACUUUUGGCGGAUCAUCCUCUUCUACUUCUUUUUUUUUCUAGCAUCGUUUUCUAGGUGUGCUGUAGCGAUAGACUUGGUAUCGGGACUCUGUUUGGACUCGACGUCCCGCGGUUGGUUUUUUCUUUUUGCCCUGCUCGACCACCAUAGUCGCGAGGUGAUUGUCCAUGGAUUUAGUUGCGUACUACUCUGGGUAUUUUUUUUUUGUUAUUGUUGGUCACGCGAGGAGAUAUGGCUAUGCUACACGAUGGAAACAAAAAGCGACCUGGGAACGAUAAUUUGACCGCUUAGACCUUUUAACAUGCUGAAUGUCAUGUCCUGAA